AUGCUGCAAGCAACAAAAACUAAUGGUAUUUGGAAGUAUGUUGGAUGUAUUGUUUUGCUGUCAACUGUUUUAUCAAUUGCGCUGUAUAAACCACUUCCGGAUGGAUUUUGUAAGACAAAAAUGGAUCGAUUUAUCAUGCAUAUUGUUGAACCAGCUCUUCGUGUCGCAUAUUAUUAUCCAGUAAGUUGACAAUUUAUCGAUUAGCAAGAAAAUGCUUGAUUUUCAGAGUCGCAUGUUUUCAAAGCCAAGCAGCAUGGUUUGGUGGACACGUUUAGCUCUCAAUCACCUGUCAUCAACUCUUGGACUCACUGUCAGCACCUCGGACACAAUUCGCACCUUUUGGCGCACUUGGAAUGGCGUUGGUGUCAAAGUUUAUCAACCAAUUGACAAUCAAACGGCGACAAAUGGAGCAGUCAUCUUUAUUCAUGGUGGAGGUUUUGCGUUGGGCAGUGUUGAGAUGUACGACUCGCUUUUGAGAAGAAUGUCUGCUGAGUGAGUUUGUUGCGGGAAAAUGGGUGACUCUGACCAGAAAACCUCUCUAGAUCUCUGCCGAGAAAAAAAAAUCAAUAAAAUAUUCACUAUUUUUGCAGUAUGAAGACACUCUUCAUCUCCAUCGAAUAUCGCCUCGUUCCGGAAACCGUCUACCCUGGAAACAUCCACGAUUGUGAGAAUGCUGUCAAUUAUUUCUUCGCCAACGCUGAACGUGAAUUUGGAAUCGACACAACAAAAGUUGUCAUUAUGGGCGAUUCGGCUGGAGGAAACAUGGCUACUGUUAUUGCACAACGUAGAAAUGAAGAAGGAGCGGUGCCAAAACUCGCUGGACAAGUGCUCAUUUAUCCACUUCUUCAAAUGGCUGACAUGCAAAGCAUUUCUUAUCGCUAUUUUGAAACGCAUCUUGAUGGUUAUGCACUUGUUGGUGAGUGAAUUUAGCUAGCUUAUAGAAGUUAUUGAUUUUUUUCAGAUCCUGAAUCUGUCGCCUAUUACUAUAUGUUUUAUGCUGGCAUCAAUAUGGAUGAAAAAGCAUACCUCGUCAAAAAUGUGCUUUCCAAUGGACACGUGGCAAAGAAAUUGAGAAAAGAGAUUGACGAACUCACAGGCUACGGAGCAGUCCUCGAGAAUUCGCGCAACUACAACAAUGCAUCAAUCGCCCCACGCAAAUUCGUCAGCGAGAACUAUGAAGCUCAAGAACUCCUCGAGAAAUUUAUGAUGGAUCCAAGCUUCUCGCCACUUAUGAGAAAAGAUUUGAGCGGCAUGCCGGAAUCAUUGGUUAUCACGUGCGAAUUUGAUAUUUUGCGAGAUGAGGGAUUGAUUUAUGCGAAUCGUUUAGAGAAGGAUAAUGUUUCUACGACAACUAUCAAUUAUGAAAAUGGAUUCCAUGCGAUGUUGAACUUUCACAGUGAAUUGUAUGAAGCAUCGAAAGCAGUUUAUGAUAUUGAACAAUGGACAUUAAAUGUCAUUAAUUCAUGA